UGUACACACGUCACACACGAUCGCCGCACAACAAACAACGGGGAAGUAAAAUCGAGAGAAUAUUGCCAAAUUAAUUUCUUGUUGAUUGCCAAAAUGUCUGCUCAGCUCUUCAUUGGAAGGUUGAGUAAGCAGACUCGACAAAGAGAUGUCGAAGAUGUGUUUAUGAAGUACGGACCGAUGCAGAGAUGCGAACUGAAAUACGGGACUGGAAUGGCCUAUGCCUUCAUUGAUUAUGAAGACCCCCGGGAUGCGGAGGACGCCCAGAAGUUUGAAGAUCGUCAGGAGAUUUGUGGGCAGAGCAUCGUGGUUGAGUGGGCGAGAGGGCCAAAGCGAGGGGUGAGCGAUGAUGAGUGUUAUAAGUGUGGUGGGAUAGGCCACUUUGCCCGAGCUUGUCGCAGCGAUACCAGAGGUUACCGUGGCGGAUUUGGGGGAUAUGGUCGUUCAAGAUAUCGUUCGAGAUCACGUUCUCGUUCCAGAGAUCGGAGGCGACGUAGUAACUACCGCUCAAGAAGUCGCAGUCCAGUCAGGAGGCGGAGUCGCAGCCCCCCGCGGAGACGUAGCCGCAGUCCGCCCCGUAGGCGUAGCCGUAGCCCCGUGAGCCGACGCAGCCGGAGCCGUGAUCGUAACAUCAAAGGAAAACGAAGGAGUCACAGUCGUUCGAACAGCCCGAAACGCAGUCGCAGCCCCCGCCGUAGCAGAUCACCGCACAACAGCAAAUCACCGAGGCAUAGUCGCACACCACGUCGCAGCCGUAGCGCUACCCCGCGACGCAGUCGCACCAAAAGCCGCUCAAACAGCCCCGCCCGAAGUCGCAGCGGUGAGCGGAAUGGCAACAAACAACAGCGAUCAAGAGGGAGUGAUGACUCGGACUGAGCCGGUUAAAAAAUCUUGUUCUUAAAGUUUUUAAGGGGGCUUAUAAAGCUGUUAAAGGCAGUGGACACUAUUGGUAAUUACUCAAAAUAAUUUUUAGCAUCAAACCUUACUUGGU